AUGGUGAUUGUUGCUUAUAUUCGAAGUCAUCCGAUCAGAGCCAGCGUUGCUAAUAUCUUCAUUCUGAACCUGGGCAUCACUGAUUUCAUUGUAGGAGCCUUCAUGUGGCCCGUCAAUCUAACAUGGCUCAUCAAAGGUCACUGGGCAUUUGGUGAGCUCCUCUGUAAGGUGUGGUUAAUAGCCGAUUACACAGUGAGUGUAGUGUCUGUUUUAACCAUGGUACUCAUCAGCUGGGAUCGCUAUUGUCUCUUAACCAUGGGGGCACAGUAUCAUACUUAUCAGACUAAGAAGCGACUGUCAUUGAUCGUCUCUUUCAAAUGGACAGUUGUUUGUAUGUGGUACACUCUCCUUGCGUUUGCUUGGAGUCCCAUAACUGGUCAGUACAAUGUGAAUUAUGCUAAUAACUGUGAGAUGGAAUUUUCAUACAGUCUUGGUGGAACAAUUGUCGUGAAUGUGCUAGAGUUCUUCAUUCCGUUUACAACCCUGCUCAUCCUGAAUAUGGCUGUGUAUGCUAAUAUCAAACGGAGAUCGAGAGGUAUUGUCGGACCAAGUCCUUUGACCAACCAACUGACUCUAUCCAUCUCAAGAAACCACGAACAAUCCGACCAUCCGUCAUGUCCGAGAAACGACGGUCACUCUGCAAGACAAGUUUUCAAUGACCAAGAUAGAGAGGGAAUCUCAUUUAAUAAUUCCGCCAAUAAUGCUCCUGAAGCCAGCGAAGCCCAGGCACAUGGACGCCCAACCGGCAACAGAGUUAUGGGCAGUUCGGAGACAAAGGAACGGACAUUCGCAAGACAUCGUAAAGCCGCUGUUGUCCUUGCAGUCCUUUUUGAUAUCGAAGCAAACCUCUAG